CAAUCAGAGCGACGAAACCGUUCGAUGGAUUGAUGGCAUCGUAAGCUGAAGCCGAAAACACAGAAAUAAUGAUACGCACCACGCUUCAAUCGAAACUCGGCAAGAAGAACACGCGCACGCGUUGGCAAAGAAUCGUUAAUAGACUAUCACCUUUUCGGGUGCGGACACUUUUCGGGGUGACACGCGCGCUCGAUCGCACCCGCACGCAUGCGACGUUUACGUACAUUUGGCUAACGAUCCGGCGGCUUUUGCCUCUUCCUGGCGAGCCUCCCAGUGAUGGUGGUGGUGGUGGAGGGGUAACAUUUACCGCUUUUCCGGUGUGUUGGGUAGAAUUUAUUUCUGACCAAAGGUUUUACUGCACAAGAUCGGCACUUUGUUGUGUCAGUUGCGCCGCAUGCGCAUGUUCAAUUUGAACGCUUUCCUGUGUACAGGCUCAUGUUUAAUGAUUACAAAAACACAUCAGCAAAACCGAAUGAGUCACUCGGCUAUUACCGGCAAAUCCGUGUCAAAACAUUGUGUCAGCUUUGCGAUAGACUAGCUCAUUAUGGGGAGGCAAAAAACAGCAUUGAUAGACCGAUGAUGCAGAGAUGCAGAGUUAAUCACGUCUUAUCACUCUUGCGACUUGACUCAUCGCCAUGGGUCGCAAAUGGGUUGUGCUCGGUGUAAUAUUUCUCGCAGCUGUCAGUGUCAUUGCGGUCGAUCGAACACCCUUAAGGUACGUUCCCUUCCGGUGUCGAGGUGGCAUUUCCGUGUCGAUAACGUUCCGUUGCGAUGGGUUCGCUCACUGCCCGGAUGGUUCAGAUGAGGAAGGCUGUCGGGGCGUAUCGCUCGUUGAAGGACCGCCUGAAGGCGUCACCGUGCAAGAGGGCGAGUGGAUGAAUCUAACGUGUCGGGGAACUGGCGUACCGUCCCCAAGUGUACGAUGGAAAAUGAAUGGAAAAGAGCUACUGGAUCCGGUUUGUGAUUGGGUGUCGGAGGAUGGUGUUGGACAUCUUGCUUGUAAGAUGCGUCUGAUCGAUUCUGGGAAUUAUUCCUGUCAUUUGGUAAAUCCACUCGGCAAAAUCGAUGUACAACCGGUGACGAUGGCCACGGUGCAAGGAAAUCCUUGUCCGAAAGGAGAGUUCUUAGCCGGAGAAGGAAGUGCCAAGUCUUGUAUGAAGUGUUUCUGUUCUGGCGUAAGUGAUCUGUGCCACAAAGCAGAUAUGUACCGGUGGAAUUACACAAUGGCGAUGAACGAUUGGAAAAUGAGAUACGCAACGUGGGAUGGCAAAGUUACGGUGAAGACCGAGCAAGACAUUCAGAAUUUCUCUUCAAAUCACACACUGUACUACAGCCUACCAUAUCGAUUCAUUGAGCAUCAGACCAAGUCAUACAGCGGAUAUCUUCAGAUCCCUCUCGACACGGGAGAAGAAAUACCAAGAAUCAUUCUGAUGGGUUAUAACAGAACUCUCAUCUACAGGAACAACCACAAAGACGAGAUCCUCAACGGGAUGGCUAGAAUCAAGCUACAUGAAACCAACUUCUUCCACCCCAACGGAACGGCAAUCGAUCGGAUUGAACUACUAAUAGUGCUCUCAUACAUUGAUCACUUCCUGAUUGAAAUGCGCCCAAAAAAUGGACGAUAUAUAGCAAGCGAACAGUCGAUCGUAAUGGACUCUGCAAGCAAUUAUCAGAGAGGAAUAGGCAAGGCAGCGUUCGUGGAGGAGUGUCGAUGUCCGGUUGGAUUUCGUGACAGUUCCUGCGAACGGUGCGACUUUGGUUACAAUCGGGCAUUCGUUGGACCACCGAUGGGUCUGUGCAUGCCCUGGGAAUGGCAUCGGGAGCGCUACGUCCCUCCGAGCACCACAACAAGGGCAUACCACUUCGUUUAAACUGCCAGAUUAGAUGUAUUGGAUUCUAGUAUACCGAAUUCUUUCACUGUUAUAUCAAUCACGAAACGUCAAAUCAAACUCUUUUCGUUUAUCAAGAUCUUCCAGUGCAGAGGAAUUUUCAAUUCAGUACGCGCGCACUCGCACAAGCACGCACUUCUUAACACAGUUUAAAGGGCACACUAAUUACAUAGCCCUCAGGCGUCAUAAAACAACACAACCUAGAAGCCCGUUCGUUACCUCGGCAUCCAUCAACGCGAUGUUAUGCGUGUUGUUCUUGACUGAUUUUGGCUGGGCGCUCUAGGUUGUUUUUUGUGCGAGGAAGAUCCAACCUUGC